UCAAGGCAAGGUCAACAGAGAAGGGGCAGGGAGCAGAAUUUGAAUUAGUUAGCUUUACUGCUGCAAAUAUGGUCACUUCGUACCCUCUCCCUGAAGGCUUCACUGAAUUAGAGGUGUUUGGCAUUGGCACAAUCCUGCUGGUUGAAGCCUUGCUUGGGUUCUGUUUGAAUGGCCUAACAAUUGUGUCUUUCCGAAAAAUCAAAGAACUCCAAACUCCUGGUAACCUCCUGAUAGUCAGCGUUGCAUUGGCCGAUUGCGGGAUCUGCAUCAAUGCAUUCAUUGCUUCUUUUUCCAGCUUUCUUAGGUACUGGCCUUAUGGCACUGAUGGCUGUCAAAUUCAUGGAUUUCAGGGUUUCUUGACAUCAUUGGCCAGUAUUAGCUCUUCUGCUGCUGUGGCAUGGGAUCGCUAUCAUCAUUAUUGUUCUAGAAGACAGGUGCAUUGGAGCACAACUAUCUCAUUGGUGAUAUUCGUCUGGCUGUUCUCUGCUUUUUGGUCUGUGAUGCCACUAUUAGGGUGGGGUGAAUAUAACUAUGAGCCCCUAAGAACUUGUUGCACAUUGGACUACUCUAAAGGAGACAGAAAUUAUGUCACAUUCCUUUUUGCUCUGGCCAUUUUCAAUUUCCUGAUCCCAGGCUUCAUCAUUCUGACAGCUUAUCAGUCCAUAGAGCACAAGUUCAAGAGAACUGGACAGUUUAAGUUUAAUACUGGUUUCCCAGUGAAGACACUGAUCAUUUGCUGGGGACCCUACUGCCUUUUAUACUUCUAUGCUGCAGUUCAAAAUGUGACAUUUAUUCCACUUAAACUACAAAUGGUUCCUGCCAUUAUUGCCAAGACUUCACCAACCAUGAAUGCCUUUCUAUAUGCCCUGGGAAAUGAAAACUACAGAGGAGGAAUAUGGCAGUUCCUCACAGGACAGAAGAUUGAGAAAGCAGAGGUUGAUAAUAAAAUUAAGUAACAAGUUUUUCCUUCCAGGUAAAGUUAAUGUAGACAUGUAACUGAAGGCAAAACAACACAGGAAACUAUAUACAUACUACAACUUAAUUAAUGGUGCUUCCACAUUGGAAAGGUUCUGCAUUCUCUAUAAGCAAGGAGACGUUAAAAGAAAUCCAAAAGAUAUUACCAAGCAAAAUUUGCUUCUCAUAUAUUUUCUAGAUCAUCACAGCUAUAACACUACAACACCACACAAAAGAAAGUGAGUCAAAUAACUCUUGAAUUUUUAUUUCAGUCUAUUCUAGGCUGUUUGUCAAACAAAUUGCCUUAAACACAAUGUUGGUUGUAGUCAGUAUCAGUUCGUGUGUCAUUGCAGAUCUUGUGUGUGCUGUGAAGCAUUUUUUCUGCUAGACUAAUGUCAAAGUUUAGAAAAUUAAGUGAAGUAGGAUAUUAGGUUAUCCAGUGAAGCCUACCAGAAUUAAUUUGCAUUUGGUUUGUCCAUAUGGUAUAUCUGGAUUACCAGAAGAUUAAAGAAGUGUCCAGAAUUAUACCAUAUGUCUAUAUAAAUAGCUUGUUCAUCUGAAUAUUUUAAAUUCAUAUAUAAUGAAAGUUUGCAAAUGUACGGGGCUGAAUCUGCCAUCUUUAUUUGUCAAAACAUUCAAAUGAGUGUUUUCUCCAAGUAAGAAAUAUUGGAUUUGAUCCUAUCCCAAUUUAAUUCCUGUAUAUCAUUCAAUUUGCAACCAAGCUCUACCGCUGCUCCUCCCCUUCACAAUGAGCCAACUCAGAUUACUCCAUUAGUUCUUUUCAUAUGUUAUCAAUCACUAAAACAAAGGCCAAAAAUGGGCCAACUUUUGUUCUAAAACAUCAGUGUAAAUCUGGUGUCACCGAAUUCCAAUGACUUAGUGGAGUUACAAUUCUCAUGUCAUUGAGAGGAGACACUGGCCUUACUGUAACUCAAGAAGCCAACAAGUACUAAAUAACUACUAUAUCCUACUAAGAUGAAUAUUGAAAUUAUUUCUAGUUAUCAGGACCCUACAUUUAAGAUUUAUUUUUUACUCAGUCAUAUUUUUCAUCAUUCCUAAAUAUCUGAAAACUGGCAGUUAGUUUUGCUUGUUGUCACAAGAUAUACCUCCAAAUUAUUUAUAAAAAUAUGUGCAUGACACAAAAUGAGAGAGAGUGUGUAUACAGAAACCCAAAUCUACUUGGAUUUUACAGAGAUCUUGCAAUUAAAUAAAGUGCUUUGAAACUAAAUGGCAUCAUCUCAAACAAGUUUUAUAAUACUCUCACAGGCCACGUCCAGAUGAGCAUGGCCGUGUGGUAUGUGGCACCACAGACACAUCUGUAGCACCACAUACUGCACAUUCAGUUGUUCUCCACACUGCAAGGGAGCAGCAAUUGAGGGGGAGGGCAGUUUGACCCCUGGUUAUCCAGACGUCAAAAAAACCCGUGGAAAAAAAUGCAUAGAGGUACAUGCAGGCUGCUCAAAAUUGAAGCCUGGCCAGCUGGAGGGCCAGGCUCUGCGCAGCAGGAUCACCACUGCUGCAGCCCUGGAAGGCCCCCAGAACCCCAGGUAAGGCUGCUAAAGUCAUCCCAGUGCUGACCCCAACCUCUCCUACCCCACCCAGGGAAACCUGCCAUGUGCCACAGGGCACGUUGCACAGGAGUUCCCCAGGGACAACUAACAGCAGCAUAAAGUGCACUGCUGCUAGUUGUCCCAAGGGUACCAAAUGUCCACACACAUGUGGACAUGGCAACAAAGUAUAGUCUGUGGGCCAAACAGUGUCUGAAAAUUCCUGAAAUGCAGCCUUUAUAUUCCAUCUUCACAAAAGAGAAACAACCUAUAGAAACUUUGGGUUUCAAGGGCCCUCAGAUAAAAGUGGAGUGAUAGCUAGUAGCUUCAUUGAUCUGCAUCUGCAUGUUAAGAGUAAGUGUGACUACAAUCUGGUCUGUUUUUGCAAAUUUGACAUAGUCUUUGGGCUACUGGUGAAUUAGCUAUUCCAGCUGUCAGCUGAACAGGGAUAAAACAAAUGGCUUUGAAUUAACAGAACAUAAGAAAAAAUGUUGAAGUCCUCAAGGUUAAAUUAUCUGAUUCCAUAUCUGAUAAUUAUAUUAAUAUUUUACAGCAUGCAGAUUUUAAUUCUGUCAACACUAAGAGGCACCCCUAUAUAUACUUAGUAUAUUCAUGCCCAUUCUCCUCAUUAGUAUCAUUGGGAAUUAUUUUUAUAAGACUUUGAUGUGUAAAUUUAAAAAAUGACUUCUAAGCAAGCAACACAAGGGAAAUUCUCGUUCUUAUCCCUAUAUAGAUUUUCUUGAGGUCUUAUUUCAAGACAUAGCCUAAACACUUUAAGUGUAAUUCAUUGCAAUCUAAAUUAUCACAGAAAUUAAGUGCCCACAGCUCCAAAUGAAGUUCCUGAGCCCUCAGUUACACUUUUGGAGAAAGGCCGGGGGGCGGGGGGGAAGAGAGAGAGAGAGAGAGAGAGAGAGAGAGAGAGAGAGACAGGCUCUCGCUGAGUCAGCUUUCCUGUACCACCUACAAUUAGAUAAAAAAGAUCCUGAGCUAUAUUGAGGUUUCAAUUUUCUGUUCUUAUCUUUAUACAUUUAUCCUUACACAUACUGGGUUUUUUCUCCUAGCACUAAAGACUGAUUUAGGAACUAGAUCUGGGGGCAGACAAAGAAUGUGCAGUAUCCUAUCUCUACUAUGGUACUAUAUUAUACUUUCAAUGAAACAUAAAAGUGCCACCACCAGGAAGGAAAGGAAGGUAAAUGUAGAUUCUAUAAAUAUGGAUCUAAAAAAAUCACAAGAGUCAGAGGUUUGUUUUGACUACCUAGGAUUUAUAUUAUGGCUAGGCUGUAGUACUGCAGCAAAGGACUUGGAGGUUAAAAUGGACCAUAAACUGAAUACAAGCCAAUAGUGUGCUCUUGCAAAAAAAGCCAGCAGCACACUAGGUGUAUGGGAAGUAAUUCUUCUGUUGUAUUUGUCACUGGUGAGUCCUCAUCGAGAGAACUGUAUCCAUUUUUGGGCCCCACACUUCAAGAAAGAUGUGGACAGAUUGAAAAGAAUCCAGUGAUGAGCAACAAAAAUUAUUAGAGACCUAGGAAACCUGACUGAGGAAAGGCUGCAAGAGCUAGGGUUAUUUAGUCUAGAGAAGAGACAAUUGUGGGGGAAUUUCAUAACAGUCUUCAAACACCUAAAGGGCAAUUCCAAAGAGAACAGAGAUGAACUUUUCUCUGUGGCCAUAGGGGAAUGGACUCAGAUAAAUGGCCUCAGACUGCAGCAGAGUAAUUUAAAUUGGAGAUUAGGAAGAACUUUCCAACUUUAAGGGUGGUCAGGCAUUGGAAUAGACUACCUAAGGAAGUUAUGGACUCUCCAUCACUGGACAUUCUCAACACCAGUUUAGACCAACAGUUGGCUUGGAUGUUUUAUUCAAAGAUGAUCCUGUCUUGAGCAGGGGCUGGAUUAAAUUACCCUGUGAGGUUCUUUCUAUCCCUACUUUUCCAUCAUCCUGAGAUCCUAUGAAAACUGUACUUUUAAAAUGUGGGUUUUAAUCACAAGCAUGUAUCCUGUUAUCAAACAUAUCCCUAUUAAAUGUAUUAUGUUUCAUUAAUCAAUGGAAAUUGAUGGCUGGAAAUCUAAGUUGAAAUUAAAUUGCAAAAAUAGAUAUUGGAAUGCAUGUACAUUGUGUGUAUAUGUUCACAGAGAUAGAGAGACUAUAAAUCAAAGUAUAACAAUCUGUUUCUAUAUAAAUGAAUGUGGCUAGUAUGAUAAAUAUAAGAUGUUUUUCUCUGAAAA